GUUUCCCCGGGGCAGCUUACAAAAAAGUAUAGUUCAUGUUCAACUAUAUUUAUAGAUGACAGCACAGUCAGCCAACCUAAUCUUAGGAGCACAAUAAAAUGUGUUACUUUAGCAAUAUACUAUCACAUAAAGAACAGGGAUUCAGAUAGAUCACUGGAUAUUUUUGAUGAAAAAUCACAUCCACUCACGCGAGAAGAGGUUCCAGAAGACUACUGUAAGCAUGAUCCUGAUCACAAGCACAUUUAUCGCUUUGUACGUACCCUUUUUAGUGCAGCACAGCUGACAGCUGAAUGUGCAAUAGUGACUCUGGUUUACUUAGAAAGACUCUUGACCUAUGCAGAGAUUGACAUCUGUCCAAGUAACUGGAAGAGGAUAGUCCUAGGUGCUAUACUGCUGGCUUCUAAAGUGUGGGAUGAUCAAGCUGUGUGGAAUGUGGAUUACUGCCAAAUCCUGAAGGAUAUUACAGUGGAAGACAUGAAUGAGAUGGAAAGACACUUUUUGGAGUUGUUGCAGUUCAAUAUCAACGUUCCUGCCAGUGUUUAUGCCAAAUACUACUUUGACCUACGCUCCUUAGCAGAUGACAACAACCUGUGCUUUCUGCUGGAGCCCCUUAGUAAAGAGCGAGCACAGAAAUUAGAGGCAAUCUCCCGGCUGUGUGAGGACAAAUACAAAGACUUGUCAAAGGCUGCUAUGAGACGGUCCUUCAGUGCUGAUAACCUAGUUGGCAUUCACCGUUCUAACGCCAUCCUCUCUUGAUCAAGAAGGAAAGCUACAACACUGGCACCAGCAUCCUUAGAAGUGGAAUAACACCUUCACUCCAAGUUCACCAGUCAACAGUGAUUGUGUCUUCCACAUGGAGGACAGGGUGAGCAAAUAAGCCAAGGAAGUUCAGAGCCGGAGGAGGAGUUUAAUUCCACAGGGAAGAAAAGAUGGAACUUUGUCAAAGGGGCACACUCCCUUUAACAUCCAGAGGUGCAGAAACUUUUAAUUGGUCUUUUUUCCCUUUUCUCCUCACUAAUCUCCUCUAUCCACAGAUGUUUGCUUACUAUGUAGGCCUAUAGCUGUGAACUCUCUGCAUUUUAAAUAAUGACUAGUUUUAAAACUUAGACUUUGAACAUUAACAAAAUAGUCACAAUGUUCUUUCCUCUUCAGUAAUCCAGGACCCAACUGAAGUUGCCUUUCCAAGUCAGUGCAACAACCUUCAUGCUAAUACAUACGGCGAAACGUCACUCUGGAACUGAUGCCGUGGCAUUAGCAAGCAAAGAUUUCUCUCCCCUGUCCUCCUUCAGUAUGCACACUUCAAACUUCCCUAGUUAUUGGUACACUGGUGGUCAAUUUGGGACAAGGAGUUGCUGAGUAGUAUAUGCUAAGGGUAAACAAAAUCUCUUCAUUUGAGAUUGUCGCGGCAAAAGGAAAUGUUAGGGAGAGGAGCAAAGGAGUGAAGAUCUGUAUUUGCUAGUAAGUAAACAAGUGGUUCAGGGUCUAUUUCUUGUCAGUUUUGGUGCAUCCUAUGUACUCCUAGUUAAGUUGUGGAAGAGACAGAAUUCAUAAUACACUUUCUUUUCUUGAAGGCUGAAUAGAAUUGCCCUGAAAUCCCUAACAAAUGUGUUGACUUGGUGAUGAGCUACUCAGCUAAAUUCUUCCACUACAAACAGUAAAUAUAUAAUGCUUUUAUUAUAUGCUUCCAACUAGCUUUAAAUUCCACUGUCACACUCUGGUCCUGAUGAGGGAGAUACGGUUGUUCUCAAUUCAUAAAAUGGAUUAUUUUUCCUUAGAAACCUAGCAUUUAAUUAUCUUUGUUCUGAAGUAAAAUUAUAUUGGCUUUUCCUACAUACUAAAUUUGCUCUUUAAAAACAGAAAUUCAAAAUAAAUAAAAUUGUUCUUUUUAAGAACAGAAGACAUAUUCUCAAUUACAGGCCUUCACAGUUCUGGGUCACAAUAUCUAAGUGGUUUGUACUUUAAAACAUCCCACUGGACAGUGCUUCUUACAGUUUUGACUCUUUUUGUCUAUUUAAUUAUGAACCAAGCUUGCUUCUUGAGUGUUCAGCAGCACUCAAAUUGUUAGUCUCAUUACAGUAUUUUAAUCUACCAGCCCCAGUCUGUGGCAUCAGGUAUUGAUUAUAAUUCAAUUUUGAAAUAAAUGCUACAUCUUCAGGUGGCUUUCCUUUGUCAUGUUUGUAUUAAAAAAAGAAGCUAAUAAUAAACUCUAUUUUAA